GAAAACGAAAAGAGAGAACAGGAAAUCCCAGAUCCCCAACUUUUAUACAUUGAAGGAAAAUCGAAAACAAAAAAAAGGAUGAUCAAAAAAGAGCCAAACAUGAUAGAAGAUGAUAAAUUUGAUGUCGAAAGUGAUAGGUUUUCAACUGUUGAGAUCCCUGAAACUGCUCAUAAAAUUAGCACUGAUUCAUGGUUCCAGGCAGGAGUUGUGUUGACGAGUGGGGUGAACAGUGUGUUUGUGUUGGGAUAUUCAGGGACCAUCAUGGUCCAUCUUGGCUGGAUCGGAGGUGUAGUUGGUCUGGUUUUAGCCACCGCCAUAUCUUUGUAUGCUAAUAUGCUUGUUGCCAAGCUUCAUGAAUUUAGAGGAAAGCGCCAUAUCAGAUACAGAGAUCUUGCUGCUGAAAUAUACGGUAGGAAAGCUUAUUAUAUAACAUGGGCAUUGCAAUAUGUUAAUCUAUUCAUGAUCAACAUUGGGUUUCUCAUUUUGGGUGCUUCUUCUUUAAAGGCUUGUUAUGUGCUUUUCGUGGAAGAGGUUACCAUGAAGCUUCCAUAUUUUACAGCCAUAGCCGGAUUUGUUUGUAUAUUAUUUGCCAUUUCAACCCCUAAUUUGUCGUCUCUAAGAGUAUGGUUAGCAUGUUCCACCAUUCUCAGCCUCAUUUACAUCGUUGUCGCAUCCGUGCUCGCUGCUAAAGAUGGAAUGAAUGCACCACCUAGAGAUUAUAGCAUACAUGGGACAACAGCCAGUAAAAUAUUUUCAAUCAUAGGGGCAUCUUCAAAUCUUAUGUUUGCUUUCAAUACUGGAAUGGUUCCAGAAAUACAGGCAACAUUGAGGCAGCCUGCAGUGGAAAAUAUGCUGAAAGCUUUGUACUUUCAGUUCACCAUUGGAGUCGUACCGAUGUAUGCGAUUACUUUUAUUGGCUACUGGGCUUACGGAGCUUCGGCAUCAACGUAUUUGCUUAGUAACGUAAGCGGUCCAGUUUGGGUAAAGGCCGCUGCUAACAUUUCGGCCUUCCUGCAAUCAGUCGUUGCUUUGCAUAUAUUCGCCAGUCCAGCAUACGAGUACAUGGACACAAAGUUCAAAAUCACCGGAGGAGCCUUUGAGUUAAAAAGCUUAACUUUCCGAAUCGUAGCAAGGGGUGGUUACCUUGUUAUCAGCUCAACGGUGUCGGCUCUUCUCCCGUUCCUCGGGGAUUUUGAGAGUCUUACAGGAGCAUUAAGCACAUUUCCAUUAACAUUUAUACUUGCAAGCCAUAUGUAUCUUGUGGCAAAUAAGAGCUCACUGAGUAGUUUACAACAAUCAUGGCUUUGGCUCAAUGUCGUUUUCUUUAGUUGUAUGUCGAUUGCAGCAACAGUUGCGGCUAUAAGGCUGAUAGUUGUUGAUUCCAAAAAAUAUCAUGUAUUUGCUGAUGUAUGA